GGGGGCAAAAUGGACAUCCAACCCUUAGGCACAAGCAAGGGAGCCAUUCCCCACAUUCUAUUCUUCAUCCUCAUUCACCACCCGCUCGUUAACUUGACGAUUGGGCACCGCGAAUCUUACAAUCAACUCCCGAUUGUUUCUUCAAGAUCCUGUUUUUGCAGUAAUGGAUGGGCAUGACUCUGAAGAUGCAAAGCAAAGCACAGCUGACAUGACCAUUUUUGUGCAAAAUCUUCUUCAACAAAUGGUGAGUUUUAGUUAUUGUAAGUUUCUGUCAGAGAAAUUUAUGUCUAACAAAAUAUUUUUUAUGCAGCAAUCUAGGUUCCAAACCAUGUCCGACUCCAUUAUCACAAAGAUCGAUGAGAUGGGGAGCCGCAUAAAUGAAUUGGAGCAGAGCAUCAAUGACCUAAAGGCCGAGAUGGGUGUCGAGGGCUCUCCGUCGCCACUACCUCCAUCAAAACCAGUUGCAGAUGAAGUGAAGAAAGAUGAAGGUUCUGCCUAGAAAUAGUUGAGAUUGUUCACUUUAUUGAUGAGUUUGUUGCAAUAUUCUCUUUUUGCUAUUGCCUUUGUGAAGUUGAAACCAAUGCUUAGAAUGAAACAGAAAAGAGCAAAAUAUGAUAUAGACUUGGACUUGCUGUUUCUGCAUGAUUUCUUAUUGAUAAUAUAGUGAUGAUUAUACUCUA